GAAAGCAAAAAAAAAAUUAAUCAAGAAACUACUCGAAUCUUUCAGAGCGCUCUCCUCUCAUGGCGUCUUCACAACGUUCAUGGUCAUUGUCAUCGCUGCCACUCGAUUUGAUAGAAGAAAUAUUCCACAGAACUCCGGCUGAAUCUCUACUCCGAUCAAAACCUACGUGCAAGAAAUGGCGCCAUCUCAUCGACAACAAGAGGUUCAUCUACGAACACUUGCGUCGCUUCCCGGAACAGAGACGAUUCCUGAGAAUCGACGAGACGGUGCAAGUCAUGGAUCCGGUGAGGAGAACACGCUCAGAGACACCAAUCCCGUACGAGCUCCAACCUCUAGAUAAUAUUAAAGCCAUGGUUCACUGCGACGGGGUCAUGUUAUGUAUGUGUAGCGACAUGGGAUCAAGAUUCGUCACCCUCUCUCUUUGGAACCCCCUCACGAGGCACAUCGCGUUGAUCCAGCCCUCGACACGUUUCACGACUUCUGAUCACUACGGGAUUGGUUAUGGUAUUGACAAGUAUCGAGAUGGUUACAAGAUCCUGAGGUUUUCUGAUCGCCGUUAUUUUGAGAUUUAUUACUGCGGGACGAGUUCUUGGAGAACUCUUGAUGAUGCCGAGGUUGAUUGGUCCGUAGACUUCAGGUGCCAAGGUGUCUCUGUUAUGGGGAACAUGUACUGGCUUGCUCAUAGGUUUUUUCAUGAGGAGGAGGAGGAGGAGGAUGAGGAGGAGGAUGAGGAGGAGGAGGAGGUCGAAAGCUUUAUUCUAGGUUUCGAUUUCACCGCUGAAACAUUCAUGGAGGUAUGGUUUUGUCCUCCUUAUAAUUAUGAUGAUGAGAACAAUUACUUGAGCUGUUUCGAUGGAGAUAGAUUGUCUUUGCUACUACAAGAUAAAGAAGUACCAAGUGUUAUCGAGGUGUGGGUUUCAAGCAAGCUGCCUGAUGAUGUCUCGUUUACCAAAUAUUUCCGUGUGGUCAACCCUGGUCUUCCGUGGUUACGGAUCGAUAGAUCAGAAACUGCUAGUCAUCCGGUGUACUACAUUGCCAAGAGCAAACGUAUCGUGGCAUGGUGCGAGAACGUGGUAGUACUUGAAGGUGGUAGACUUCCUGUUUGCACCAUUCUUUAUGAGAUUGAUGAGGGUGGUGUAGUUGCUCAACAUGAGACAGAACGACACGAGGAUAAUGACUAUAUUGGCACCUUCCUCUGCGGUUACGUGUACGUUCCAAGUCUAGUGCCUCUUCCAUGAUAUAAAGAGAAACAGAGUUUUUUCAUGUUCUUAUAAGCUUUAGUUGUAGAGUUUUACUCUCUCUCUCUCUCUCUUUGUUGAUCUUCCGCACUGUAAUGAUGUUACUGAACUGACA